AGUGGGUCAACCUGCAGCAUAAAAAUCAACAGAGAGUCGAACAUGGGAACUGAUAACGUAGAAAGUCAUAUUGAAAAUGGUUCCAGUAAGAAAAACGAAAAGAGAAUUGAUAAGAACGUUAAGGCAAAACCUAAAGGAUGUGGACAAUGGUUUAACAAAUACUUUUGCGAAGGACAAGCACUAGAACAUGUUGAAGAACUUCCUGUUGAUGCCUCUAUGGGCAGGAGGUUUCUGGUGAAAUAUAGACGCGCGAUAGGGUUCCUCAUUCCAACAGUCUUCUGUCUUGUUAUAUGGCUGGCUAUAGCCAUCAAAAAGAACCUCUGGCCUCUCUUUGUAGAUAACUACUUCAUGAGCAUCACGAUGAUAUUUGGAUCCCUGAUUGCAGGGAUGACAAGUGAAGGAGCUGCAGCUAUCGCAUUUCCUGUGAUGACACUCGCUUUCAAGAUAUCUCCAAAUGUUGCCAGAGAUUUUGCCUUAACCAGCCAAAGCUGCGGUAUGUCUGCAGCGACCUUCACAAUUCUGUGGAUGCGGGUUAAAUUGGAAUGGACAGCCAUUAUUGUGUGUUCUGUCGGAGGUAUGUUUGGUGUUAUCAUCGGCCUUGAAGUAAUAGAUGGCGUCCUGACUCCCCCACAGAAGAAAUUCAUAUUCGUUUCGAUAUGGUUUUCUUUUGGAUUCGCACUGUUUCUAUUGAACCGUUAUAGACACAGGCGCACUUUUGAGGUGAUUCCCUAUAUGAAUCCUUGGAAGAUCCUCGUUCUGUUGCUGACUGGGUUCAUAGGUGGGAUAUUUACAUCCAUAGCAGCGAGUGGAGUGGACAUUUGCACGUUUAGUAUUCUCACCCUCGUGUUUCGAGUCUCUGAGAAAACAGCUACUCCUACUUCUGUAAUACUGAUGGCUGGAAAUGCACUGUUCGCAUUCUUCUGGAGAGAUGUGAUGCAGGAGGGGAUACACCAAGAUGCCUGGAGUUAUUUGGCAGUAACGGCUGAGAUUGUAGUAGUCGGGGCUCCACUGGGCUCUGUCAUUGGCACCCAUUUCCAUCGGCUUGUCCUGGCUGGUUUUGUGUACAUCAUCGGUACUGCUGCGCUGAUAGGUGCCUUUGCAAUUGUAAGGCCACUGGCACCUGCACUUGUUGGUCUUUCUGUUGGAAUUAUUGUCGGAGCUUUCAUUGUAUUCGUUUGUCUGACACGUGCAGGUCAGAUGCUGUUAUCCUCUGUGGAGGAACAGGAGAAUAAUGAUCUAAAGAAGAAUGAAGAUCCGCUGGAGAACAUGGACAACAAGAACGAACACAACGAAGUAGACACAACCAUAGAACCCACUGGAGGAAAUACCAAUAACUCAUUUCAAGAUCUAUACAUAUACAGUAAAACCUGCGAACAGGGAAUGCUCUUCGGACUGGAGGAAAGUUUCCUUGUUCAGAGGUUUUCCCUAUAG